UAUAUAUACAAGAUCGUGCCUGAAGCGCCGUACUUCAUGGAAUGUAGUAGUUUUAAUUCCUCUGAACCACACAAGGGGUUGUGUUUCCUGCCGAAGGCUGAAUGUGAUGUGCGUGAUGUGGAAGUGGCUCGAGCCAUCUUACUUGGCAAGACCACCACUGAACCCGUGGCCUUCAGAGUGCCUCGUGUCAAAAAAGAGUUUUUCCAGGAUGAUGUUUUCCCGGAGACUGCAGUGUGGCGGGAAGCAUCUCUGACCGCUGCUUUCUGACUCUCUGGAUCCAAUGGACAGCACCGCAAAAUCAGCCUGCGGCCCAAAGACAUGACGCCC